AUGGCGAGCCCAGCAAGUUUGGUGAAGUUUUCUCCCGCAAAGAAGGCAUUAUUUAUGCUUUCGCAGGUGCGGGGGAUGGCUGCCGCCGCUGCUGCUACACAAGUGCAGCCGAGAAUGAAAAGUUUCAAAGUAUACAGAUUCAAUCCAGACAAGCCUGGUGACAAACCGCAUAUGGACACUUAUCAAGUUGAUCUCAACCAGUGUGGUCCAAUGGUGUUGGAUGCCCUCAUCAAGAUAAAGACAGAAAUCGACCCGACCUUGACAUUUCGACGAUCAUGUCGUGAAGGAAUUUGCGGAUCGUGCUCCAUGAAUAUAAACGGCACCAACACCUUAGCUUGUCUUGCUCCAAUUGACGAGAACCUGGGCAAAACCUCCAAAGUCUACCCUCUACCGCACAUGUAUGUUAUCAAAGAUCUUGUCCCGGACAUGGCCAACUUCUAUGCCCAGUACCGAGCCAUUGAACCUUACCUGCGACGUAAAGACAUGAAGGAGGAGGACUAUGGCAAGGUUUCCCAUCUACAGAGUCCUGAAGACAGGAAGAAAUUAGACGGCCUCUACGAGUGCAUCCUGUGCGCCUGCUGCAGCACGUCCUGCCCGAGCUACUGGUGGAGCGGCGACCGUUACAUGGGUCCCGCCGUCCUGAUGCAGGCCUACCGCUGGAUGAUCGACUCCCGAGAUGAGACAACCAAGGAGAGACUGGAACAGAUGGAGGAUAAAUUCUCUGUCUUUAGGUGUCACACUAUCAUGAACUGCACUAAAACGUGUCCGAAGGGCCUGAAUCCUGGCAAGGCUAUUGGUGAAAUCAAGAAAUUGCUGUACACAUUCAAAGGAUAAAUCAAACGGCACCCCCUAGCACCAGGCAAAGAAGACUUACAUAGUCGUAUUGAAGCUUUUUCGUACAUGUGGUAAUUUUAGAACAUUGUCGUAUUUUCGAACUCUAAUGUAGGAGUUCUGCCUGUGUUAGUUACACAAAAGCCUGCGCAUAGCAAAUAUUCUGGAACAUAUUAUCAGUUUUGUAACUAUUUGAGUGAUAAUGAAACUGAAAAGAAUGGAUGGUUUGUUAAUUACUGUCUAUUAAUUAGAUGCAAGAAUAACGUGCCCAGCACAUGGGAAAUGUGGAAAGUUUUAAGUUUCAUUUGCAUUGUUUGUACGCCUAAAGCGAUAUUAUGAAAAUUAGCAGUAAAAACUAAAAAAACUUUGUAAUCUGUUGAUAUAUUGGCACUACAACUAGUCGAGCUCAUUUCAAGAUAUUUGAUGUUGUUUGGCUGAAAAUUGGUUGAAACUAAUUGAAGAGUGUGUUUUCUGGUGCUGGGAGUGAUAACAUUUGUGAUACCAUGGCGUUUGAUUUCGGACACAAACCAUCUUGUAUAUAACCAUCCCUAGAGUAAACUAUUCUUUUACUGUUUGCAAUAGCCCUGGUCUCUGUCAUUAUAGCAGCUAAUAAUCCUGGAGGGAGGGAGGGAGGGGGGCACUUUGUGAAGUUCUUGUUAACACUAAAAUACCCUCUUUUGAUUCUAAAUUAUCUAUGCUAAAAUAAUUGAACGGACGUACUUAAAUGGUAGCAUGGUAGGCCUCUUGUGAGGGGCUGUCAUACCAAUGUUUUUGGAAUGAAUUGAAAAUGCUAAGAAGUUGUCUUUGGGAUUACUAGAACGAUAGUACAGGCUAAUGGAACUGUUUGUUUGAGUCAUUGUGCCAUUGUCGGGGGAAAAAACGAAUGUAACAUUGAAGCUUGUAGAUUAAUCAAGAAAAGACUGUCACUUUUAUCUGCUGUGUGAUGUGGAUAACGCUCAAUUAAUCUUCUCAAGUAAGAAAAUUCUUCUGAUCCUUUGUCUAGGUUCUCCAUAUGACAUGACAUACCUGCUAUACUGGAGCACUGUCCCUGUUAAAUAAACACUGCGUCAACUUUAAGGUGAUGACUUCAAAAUGUUUCUAUGCAACAAGGUUUGACUUAGUCGUGUACACCAGUCAUUCUAUUAAGAAGGCUCUCGUAGGAUUGGACGACAGUAUGUACAUGUAAAACCUCUUUGACCAGAUACAGGCAACAAAAUGGAGACUUAGUGAUAUUCAUGAAGAAAGAGCAAAAACCAUGUUAUUUUUCAAUCUCUUUGGGUUGACUCCAGUUUGAAGCUAUGAUAAAUUGUUAUGAUUAGUGUGAAGAAGACUUGUAUUUCAUCAUGAGUGUAUUUAUUUAUAAAGUCAUUGUCUUAGUGCAGUCAAUAAAUCUUUGUCACCCAAUCUGUGA